CUAUUAACAGAGUUGUGUGCUUGUUGCUUACUGUAAAUACACCUCUGAAUAAGAAGACACUGUCAAAACUGAAACCUGCAAAUAUCCAAUUUAGCAAACUUUCAAUUGAAAGUGUGAAGUUUACUGAACAUUUUGCUGUUUUAAUCAAUUUGUGUCAAACCUGCCUGAGGGAGAACUGGAAACUGAAGGAUCACAAUUUUUGAAGUAUUCUAAUACAGGAAUAUUUUAUCUGCGGUGUUUGUUCCAAGGUUAGAGUUUGGUGCCCACUAUGCAAGUGAGAGAGAAAAGGAGUCAUUAUCCUUUGGUGUGAACAUUUUUAAGGGGAAAGUCAUCACCGAACAGGUUUUUCCAUAUCCUAGAGUUCUCAGCAGUGAGCAGUCACAGUUUCUCCAGGAGAUCAUGAACCCAAUCUCCAAGUUUUUCUUGGAGGUGAAUGAUGCUGGUGAGAAUGAUAAACUGGAGAAGGUGGAAGAUAAGACGAUGGAAGGACUGAAGGAAUUGGGAGCUUUUGGGCUGCAAAUUCCUAUAGAACAUGGUGGAAUGGGACUCACCAACACUCAGUAUGGUCGACUGGUGGAGAUUGUUGGCCUUCAUGACCUUGGAGUGGGUAUAACUCUUGGAGCUCAUCAAUCCAUUGGCUUCAAAGGAAUCCUAUUGUUUGGUACUGAUAAGCAGAAAGAGAAAUACUUGCCUGAUCUUGCAACAGGUAAGACAAUUGCCGCCUUCUGCCUCACUGAGACAGCCAGUGGUUCUGAUGCAGCUUCAAUAAAGACAACUGCUGUGAAGAAGGGCAAGAAAUAUAUUCUAAAUGGAAGCAAGCUCUGGAUCAGCAAUGGUGGCAUAGCAGAGAUCUUCACUGUGUUUGCCAAAACUCCUAUUGAAAAUGAACACACUGGAAAGAUGAAGGACAAGAUCACAGCAUUUAUUGUCGAAAGAAAAUUUGGAGGAGUUACUCAUGGUCCUCCUGAAAAGAAGAUGGGGAUCAAGGCUUCAAACACAUCGGAGGUUUAUUUUGACAAUGUGAAGGUGCCGGCAGAAAACAUGCUGGGCGAGGUUGGAGGAGGGUUUAAGGUAGCCAUGAACAUAUUGAACAAUGGUCGAUUUGGCAUGGCUGCUGCUCUUUCCGGAACAAUGAUUGGUGCAAUUUCCAAAGCGGUGGACCACGCUACCAAUCGAACACAAUUCGGUGACAAGAUACAUAAUUAUGGUCUCAUCCAAGAGAAAAUUGCUACCAUGGCUAUGCUGCAGUAUGUAACUGAGUCAAUGGCUUAUAUGGUCAGUGGUAACAUGGAUAAAGGUGCGACUGAGUUCCAGAUUGAAGCAGCAAUUAGCAAAAUCUUUGCUUCAGAGGCUGCCUGGUUUGUGACUGAUGAAUGCAUCCAGAUCCUGGGAGGCAUGGGCUAUAUGCAGGAAACAAAUAUAGAAAGAGUGAUGAGAGAUUUACGCAUCUUCCGUAUUUUUGAGGGAACUAAUGACAUUCUACGAUUAUUUAUUGCACUAACUGGCAUUCAGAACACUGCGAAUUACCUGAAGAGACUGCAGGCAAUUGUGAAGAAUCCAUUCGCUGAACCCGGAACUCUAAUGGAACAAGUCAUAAAACGAACUAAGCGAAAACUGGGCAUGUUCUCUGAUCGAUCGAUAAGGAAAGUAAUACAUCGUGAUCUGAACUCCAGUGGAGAUUUGGUGGUGAAGGCUGUCGAUCACUUUGGGGCAUCCAUUGAAGAUCUGCUAUUGAAAUAUAAAAAUAAAGUAAUAGAUCAGCAAUUUUUAUUAAAGAAAAUUGCGGAUGCAGCCAUUGAUAUUUAUGCCAUGACUGUGGUCAUCUCCAGGGCAUCUCGGGCACUCAGCAAAGGUCAUCCAACAGCUCAACAUGAAAAGGUUCUCUGUGAAACCUGGUGCAUUGAGGCAUUUGCUCGUGUAACCAAAAAUCUGAACGCAUUAAAGUCAAAGUCCAGCAUGCAGGUGAUCAGCAACAUGCAAGCUAUAUCCAAAGACAUUGUGGACAAUGGAGGAGUCGUGCCAAUUCAUCCACUUGGAUUCUAAGCAAUUAGCCAUUUGGUAAUAUUUAAUGCAAUUAAAUCUUGGUGCAUAUUACAAUAAAGACAAUCUUCCCCUUGAA